CACGCCCCAGCUGCCACCAAUCCGUUUCUGAGCGCCAGCAGGCGUGCAUUUGGACCACACGUGCGACGCUUAUAACACGCGGGGCCACGUGAUGUCAAGAACCGCGCACAGCAGCAACCACACCAUGAGAACGUUCUGCCUCUUCAUUAUUCUCGGUGCGGCGGCCGCCGCGCUGGGGGAGGCCCCGGGCCCUUGGCGGCAGGUGAACCCGUCCGUCGACCUGGACCACUGCGGCCCCCACCACCUGCUGCGGCCCUGCCCGCCGCGCUGCUCGCUAGCGCUGCGCCCCGUGUACGCCGUCUGCGAGGGCGGCCGCCUGCGCAGGUUCCUCAACUGCUGCGCCUGGCGCCGCGACGUCUGCUUCUACAAGAGGAAAUGCACUUUCAGCCACGAGGAACCAGUCAAAGACAAAUGGUGACAAGCAGUCCCAGAAUACACAAUAGAUAAAUAAAGGACGCCAUUGCGAAAAGCA